AAAAAUUUAAAAAAAAAAGAAAAAAAGGUUAAAAACCUCUAUUGCCCAUUACAUCCCGAUUCGAUUCCUCAUCCUUUUAUCCAAUUUUUCCGGCUGAGCUCCGGCCUUUCUCGUUUUUUCCGCCGGCGGCAGAUUGGAACAGGGAGGUAGCUCCUUUCCUCCAGAGAUCUCAAUAACUUAAGUCACCGGAGGCUAUUGAUUGACAGAUCCGGCUGCAGCCGACAGACAGCUGAUGGCGGCUGCGGAGAGCAGAGUCAGUGCUGUGAAGGUGAAGCCGAGUACUCAAGACGGGCUGCCGUCGAAGGUCAAUUUGGUGGUGAAGAAGAAGACUGAUGGCUCAGCAAAGCAAACUGUCACCGCUGUCGUAAAAUCCGAGACUAAAUCAAAGGCAACAGCAAGUUCAUCCAAGAGUACAACAAAGACCGUAACUACAAAAGUGAGAGAGAAGAAGGUGUUCAGUUUGGCCGGCCAGAAAUACGAUCCCCCUGAAGAGAGGGAACCCUUGAGGAUAUUCUACGAGUCGCUUUCAAAACAAAUUCCUACAAGUGAAAUGGCAGAAUUCUGGAUGAUGGAACAUGGUUUAUUGUCCUCGGAACGAGCGAAAAAGGCUUAUGAGAAGAAACUGAGGAAGCAAAAGCAAAUGAGGUUGGGGACUCCCAUUAAGUCCUCAACUUCAUCAAUAAAACCCGAGAGUUCUUCGCAGCGAUUACAGCAACAGUCUUCGAAGAAUGGUGAUAUAAAGGCAAAGAAGAGAAUCAUCAAUGAGAGUGAUGACGACGACUUCAUCCUAAGUUCCAAGAAACGGAAAGUUUAAGGUAUUAACACAAGCUACCGGAAAGAAAAAAGGGUAAUAAUGAAAAAAUAUGAUACAUAAGAUGAUGUAAUUGCAGGAAUCGGUUCUUAUAGAAAUGACAUUCGACCGAGAAAGAAAGCAAGUCUCCUGAAACUCUUCGAGAAGGUGACAGAGGAAAGACAUUGUUUUUCUUCAUCAAAUUGAGAGCAAUAAAGAGACAUAAGAAACCUUUGCCUUGCUUAUAGGAUGAUUAA